AUGACGCUUUUUCAACUUCCCGUCAUCAUCGAGGUUGGAUGGAUGAAGGCGGACGACCAGACCAUCCUUGCCCUGCAUACCCGCGUUAUAACGCACAACCCCAGGAUAACCGUUAGUCACGACGACAGCCUGAAGACGUGGCAACUGCGCAUCAGGCAGCUGAAGGAGUCUGACCGUGGCUGCUACAUGUGCCAAAUUAAUACUGGAGAGAUGAAAAAGCAAUUCGGAUGCAUUGACGUUCACGAGUAUAUCAGUAUAUCAUCAAUAUAAUGUGCACAAAAAAUGUCGUAUCGAGAAUUUGUUGCAUAGCUUGUACCAGAGCUGAGGAAGCUGACUGCAAUCCGAGUGGUACAACUCUGAAUCUAUAAAUGUGGCCAUCGACGCUAAAGCCUGUGUACUUUCGACGUUCUGGUGCCAGUGGAAUAAGCCAAAAAGAAUUUUUGAGGUCUAAUUUUGAAAAUACCGUAUUCUUCCCAAUCCUACUCAACAUAGCAUCUAUAGUCUGAGGUGCAUCAUACUGGGGCUUUGAUAUUUGGUUUAACAUGCGAGCAUCUAAGCAAAGUCUGAUUGAAUCAUCACGUUUUUUAACGAUUACUAGUGGAUUAAUAUAAUUUGAUUUUCCUUGUUCAAUUAUACCAGCCUCAAGCAUGUUUUGCAACUCAAUUUGUACUCUAGAUCUAUGAUUAUGAGGAAUAGGGUACGUUUUGCAUUUGAAAGGUUUGGAUUCAUCCACUUCUAUUCGAUGUACGUAGCCAGUAGCAAAUCGAGGUUCAUAGUUUAUUAGGU